UCUUUUUUUAUUUAAAUUAAAAAACCUUUUUCUCUUCCUUUAAACAUCUUUUUUACCUCGUUGUACCAUGUUGUCCCGUUCUAUCACAUCCUCUAUCAAAGCUUCUGCUUGGAAUGCUACCAAGAUUAAUGCUGCUCGCUCAAUCACCACCGCUUCUCCUACUAUCACCCAAGCUUUCAAUGCUCAAAAGAACGCCAACGGCAACUACACAGUCACCUUGAUUCCUGGUGAUGGUAUCGGUCCCGAAAUUUCACGCUCUGUGAAGGAAAUCUUUGCUGCUGCAAAGACACCCAUCGAAUGGGAGGAAGUCGAUGUUACACCCAUCAUCAAGGACGGUAAGACUGCUAUUCCUGAUGUUGCCAUCCAAAGUGUCCGUAAGAGUACUGUCGCCUUGAAGGGACCUCUUGCUACACCUAUCGGUAAAGGUCACGUUUCUCUUAACUUGACCCUCCGUCGUACAUUCAACCUUUACGCCAAUGUUCGUCCCUGUCGUUCCAUCCAAGGUUUCAAGACUCCUUACGAUGAUGUCGAUACCGUCUUAAUCCGUGAAAACACCGAAGGUGAGUACUCUGGUAUUGAGCACGAGGUGGUUGAUGGCGUUGUUCAAUCCAUCAAGUUGAUUACUCGUGAAGCCUCUGAACGUGUUGCUCGUUAUGCCUUCACCUAUGCUGAAUCCAUUGGUCGUGACCGUGUUACCGCUGUUCACAAGGCCAAUAUCAUGAAGUUGGCUGAUGGUCUCUUCUUGCAGGUUUGUAAGGAAGUCUCCAAGGAUUUCCCCAAUAUCAAGUUUAACGAUGUCCUCUUGGAUCGUGCUUGUCUCCACAUCACCGCUGAUCCUUCUAUUUAUGCUGACACCGUCAUGGUGAUGCCCAACUUGUAUGGUGACAUCUUAUCUGAUAUGAGCGCUGGUUUGAUCGGUGGUCUCGGUUUGACUCCCUCUGGUAACAUUGGUCGUGAUGCUUCCAUCUUUGAAGCUGUUCACGGUACCGCUCCUGAUAUUGCUGGUCAAGACAAGGCUAACAGUACCGCUUUGCUUUUAUCUGGUAUCAUGAUGUUGAGACACAUGCGUUUGAACGAGCAAGCUAGCAACAUUGAAAAGGCUGUCUUCAGCACGAUUGCUGAAGGUAAGCACUUGACUGGUGAUUUGGGCGGAAAGGCUUCUCUUACUGAAUACACCAAGGCCAUUAUUUCCAGAUUGUAAAUCAGACAAAAAAAAAAAAAUUACGCAGCAAAAAAAUAAAAAAAAUAGAAGUUUGAAUUGAUGUGUGA